UGGAACCGCGGCAUGAAGAGAAACAAACCGGGAGAAUGUGGACCUUAUCAGCCUGAAACCAAACCAAAUCCCCUCAGAUCCGCAGAGAAGACUGAUGGAGAUGCAGAGGGACAGGGACGCGUUUGGUGCCAACCUAAUGAUACAGGGAAGGAGGAGAGAAACUGGUGAAAUCCCUGUUCCAAGAAGCAGCAGUCCGGUUUCUGUUUAUGUUGAUUUCCCGUGCAUCGUUGAUCAAGCCUUUUCAACAGUUGCAUGGGGUGAUUUAGGCUCUGAGGUGAGACAAGAGAGAGACUCGCUUGGAUCUCAGGUGAAUGAAUCUGACCUAGAUGACCAGCACUUUGCAGACUAUGCACUAGAUUUUAUAGCAGAUUCUUCCUCUACAGAAAGCAGUCCAUCCCCAGUUGAACUGGUGCCAUUCCAGGGGUGUAUUAUACCUCCCCUCACCCCUCAGAGAGACUUCACUCCAGAGGAUGGUAUGGUCUUCUUAUCCACAGAAACAGGCAACCUCAGUGCCCAGGAUGGAGCUCUGUGGAGGGGCACAGCAGAGAGCCACCAGAAGGAACUGGGACACUCCGUGAUCAUUAACAAGCAGCUCCACGAGACUCUUCAAAAGCAACGGCAUGAACUUCACUCCCUUGAAGAAAAGAACCAUCACCUGAGGCAGCUGGCCUGUCGAGCAAAGCAUCUGGCUUCAGUCCUCGAGAAGCUGAUGACAGCCAGAGAUCCACAUGCUGGAAAGCCUUUGGGGCCACAUGGUGAAAACGCCUCACUGGGUUCCUGUAAGCGUCAGCGGCUGGAUGAAGGAUAUGAAACGGAGUCCUCUGACUCAGUAGAGGACAUGCUGAGGGACAUCAGCACACGAUGCAACGCCUUCCUGCUCAGCAGCGCUGCAGGAGCAUCGCUGCAGCAGGAAUCAGAGACGAUACGCAUGCACGGAGCAUUCUCCACCCUGCAGAUGUCUACGCCUAACGACAGCUCUGAGACUGCUGAUCAGGCUGGAGACAGCGUGCCACCUUUCAGAACGUCUGUCAGGGAACACGCCACCAUUCAGACUCAGGUCUUCCCUCAUGGACAUGCGUUCACAUCCCGAACUCGGCAGGGUGGAUACCGCUUUUGUUGGAUUCCAGCUGAAAUCAGAGAUCGGCAGCAGGAGUCAUUCAUCUGAGACGUGUGAAGCUGUUUAACUGUUAAUCUGUGAAUGAUUAGAUGAGGUUUUCCUCAUGAGUUCAUCAGUCGCAUAGCACUGCCUUCACUGUUGUUUACAGAGUUGUUUACACUGUGGUCCAAAGGUUUCACGACUUUGGAAAUAAAACGUUUAAAGACUAAAACUGUGGAUUUUUUUCUUUAUGAAGAGAAAAAGGUGAAGUUAAAUCAUUGUUCUUCUCUGACAACCGUCACCCUGUGACCCGAUUCAGGGAGAAAACAUUUCAUUUGCUUUUGUUUGGGUCUGACAGCAGGUCUGCGGCCCACAUCACUCAUCUUGUCCUUUUGGAGAUUUUAAAUGGACCAUGUUUGUCCAGUUUGUUUGGUUUAUUAGCUCAUGUUUGUGCUGCAGAAGCAGGGAUUAUGGCAAGAGUGUUUUUAUCCCCAAAACAAAUUUUUCUAUUUGGAAUAAAAACAAUUAAACGAGGGGUUGUGACCCUUCUGACCUCAGAGGAUUCAUCACGU